AUGUCCGCGCCCGCGCCGUCGUCCUCGCGUCCCCUCCUGCUCCCGCAGAACCGCCGGCUCCGGCACCUCCGGGGCCUCUCCCUGCGCAACCUGAGCUUCGCCCGGCCCCGCGGCCAGACCAUCGACGAUGCCGCCAUCAACAUGUCCCCCAGCAAGCUCGAGACCCUGCGCGAGACCUCGAGGCUGCACCACACCCACUCGAGCGAGAACCUGCAGCUGCGGCCCCAGGCCGGCAGGCGCCGCCGCAGCACGGGGCUUGCCGGCGCCAGCCCGCUGUCCCGGCAGCGCCAGCUCGAGAUCACCGUCGAGGCCAAGGUCGCCGACGUCUUCUUCACGCUGCACUGCCUCGGCGACGAGGACCCGGUCUACAUCAGCGAGGUUGGCGAGCGCGCUACGAACUUCAAUUUCCGAUCCUUCGAGCUGUCCGAGUGGGAGCCCUUCAUCACGAGAUCGCCACAAGUCACGGUCAAGGUCUGGGCCGACCGAUAUCAGAAAUGGCAGCUCCUGCUCGAGGAAGAGAUCGACCUGCGGUUCCUCAGCUUCCUCGGCGAACUACAAAAUAUACACUUCCCCCCGAACAGCCUCAUAUUCCAUCUCAUCGACGGCGUCUACGCAUACGGCCUCAAGGGCAAGAUCCCGCCUCCCAAACGCGGCCCGUCGCUCCCGACCUCCUCCUACAAUGCUCUCAUGAAGCUCGCGACCCUCGAUAAUUCCGUGCAAGAUGCACUGGCCACACAAGAGAAGCUCGCUGCCCAGAUCAACGACAUCCUCGAGCGGGAGACGGUGAACGAGUUGCCCGAGGCCCAGGACAAGCUCAAGCUCGCGACGAAAUACGUAUCCCAGCAGCGGAGAACGCUCGCGGCCGCGCAGAAACGACGAGACGAGCUCAAGGCCUCGAUACAGGCCCGCCGCGAGGCCAUCAAGCUGGGCCGCGACCUGCAGGAGAAGGCGGCGAGGGACGUGGAGAACGCGCGAGAGAAGCUCCCGGGCUGCCGGGAGGCGCUCGACCGCACAAACGUGGACAUCCGGGGCCAGCGCCGCCGCAUCUGCGAGGACCUGACCAAGAUCUUCCCCAUCACGCCGGUGCCCUCGGGCGAACCGCUAGCCUUCAGCAUAUGCGGCGUCCGGCUGCCCAACACGGCGUACGGGCCCUCGUCGCUCUCCAGGUCGUCGUCGUCGUCGUCGUCGUCCCCGGCGCCGGGCGAGGACGAGCUCUCGGCGGCGCUGGGCCUCGUCGCGGCCCUCGCCUUCGCCCUCGAGCACUACCUCGGCGUGCCCCUGCCAUACGAGAUCCGGCGCUUCGGCUCCCGCUCCACCGUCCGCGACGACAUCAGCAUGCUGCCCGACCAGCAGCGCGAGUUCCCCCUGUACCUGCCGCGCGGCGGCUCGAGCGCCCAGUACCGCUUCGACUACGCCUGGUUCCUGCUCAACAAGGACGUCGAGCGCCUGUGCAACUCGCAGGGCCUCCGCGUCGUCGACAUCCGCCACACGCUGCCCAACCUCAAGUACCUGCUGUACGUGUGCAGCGCCGGCUCCGACGAGGUCCCCGAGCGCAAGAAGGGCGGCGUCCGGGGCCUCUGGGCCGGCCGCAUCCCGGGCCGCCACGGGAUGGCGGCGCUGAGCGUGGACGAGACGAGCAGCAGCGCGGGCGGGAGCCGGCGGGGCAGCGGGGACAGCGAGGCCCUUGGGGCUAAGCAGGGCGACGAGCUGAAGAGGGUGCUUGGCGGGGCGAAUGGGAAUGCUGCGCGGGGGAGGGACGGCGUUACUGGCGCUGGCGCGGUGUUUGGGCUGCCGUUUGAUGAGACCGAGACCAAGAUGACACUGCGGACGAAGGGGUUGAGGGAGCACGUGGGGAGGUAA